AUGUCUAUAUUCUCCAAAUUGAUGAGCUCCCGUGGGGCGAAGAAGUCGUAUUCUUCGUCCGUCAAGAGCGGCCUGACGCCUUUGCAGAGCGCGACUCCGGUCACGACGGCAAAGACGAGCGGGCUGGCUUGGGGUGCGCCGCCAGAGCUUGCGCUGGACAAUACGACUGAGUCUAUCCUACGAGCUUUUGCCUCUCUUCCGCUAGACCAAGUGCUUGAUCAUUUGCAGGUUGAGCAGGAGGGUCUGUCGUGCCAUGAAGCUGAGGCUCGUCUCCGUGUCAAGGGACCGAACACGCUUCGUUCCCAGAAGCCCCCAUCUUGGUUCAUUCUUCUCUUAAAGGUCAUUCCGAAUCCGUUCAAUAUCCUGUUAAUCUUUCUCGCCAUCAUCAAUGCCUCGAUCCCCCCACCGGACUGGACUGGUUUCACUGUACUGAUGGUCAUGGUCUCAAUCUCUGUCAUUGUGCGAUUUUGGCAAGAGUAUCGAAGUGGACUCGCUGUUUUUCGUCUUCAAAUGUCCAUCAAGACAGCUGUUCGCGUGCGCCGUCGCGAGGUCGAGACUCAUGUACCGACAUCCGAACUGGUGCCCGGCGAUAUCGUGCUGUUGGCUCCUGGUGACAUUGUGCCCGCCGACUGCUUGAUUCUCGAAGGAUCUUUUCUUCGCAUCAGCCAGUCGCAGUGGACGGGAGAGAGUGCUCCUGUCUCGAAGCUUGCCUCCACGGGUGGUGACAAAACCGACGGCUCUCUCUUUGAUCUCUCCAACAUUUGCUUCAUGGGUACUGGUGUCGUUUCUGGCAAGGCAACCGUUGUGCUACUGCGAACGGGCGGCGACGCUCUCAUUGCUGCCAUGUCCAAGGCGCUCCAGAAGAGCCGUGGUCUCAAUGCUUUCCAGCGAGGCAUUCAAAAUGUUACUUGGAUGCUCAUUGGCUUCAUGGGUGUCAUGGUACCAAUUGUUCUUGUUGUAUCUGCCAGAAGUACCGGUGACUGGGGUCAAGCAGCCUUGUUCAGCAUCAGCGUCGCGGUUGGGCUUGUGCCUGAAAUGCUGCCCGCCAUUGUCAACGCGAACCUGGCUCGUGGAGCGUAUUUGCUAUCCAAGAAGAAGGCCAUUGUUCGUCGACUCGACUCAGUGCAGAAUCUCGGCGCAAUGAGUGUUCUUUGCAGUGACAAGACCGGGACUCUAACAAAGGAUGAAAUAACAAUGCGAGAGGCUCUGAAUUGGUCCGGCAAUUUUGAUGCUGAGGUUUUGAAACUGGCUGUCAUCGAGGCCACGAUUCAGGGCACUGGUGGAAACAACAUGGACGCUGCAAUCUGCAGCUUCCGGCUUGAGAACGGCGAAGAAGUUCAAACUACGAGAUACGAAAAGACGGUUGUUAUUCCCUUCGAUUUUGAGCGUCGCCGAUCUGCUUGCAUCGUUCGUGGCGUCGCCGGUGGCGCCAUGCUCAUCUGCAAAGGCGCCUUUGAAGAAGUGUACUCCCGCUGCUCGAAGAUUCAGACAGACAAGGGCGAGAGCGCCAUUGCUGGUCAUCACCGCACUACCCUCAAGCAACAGGUCAAGACGCUAAACGGUCAGGGUUACCGAGUCUUGCUGGUCGCUACGAAGCAACUUGUCAAAGCCCAGAUCGAUGACGAAGACAGCUUUGAGGAUAUCGAGACGCACAUGACGAUCCAUGGUCUUCUUACGUUUGUUGACCCGCCCAAGCCAGAUGCUGCAGAGUCCAUCCAACAACUCAAAUCUCUCGGUGUUGAUGUCAAGGUGCUUACAGGCGACAACAUGGCAGUUGCUAUGAACGUUUGUCGCGCGCUUGGGCUGGUACAGCGCCAGGAUUUGAUUGACAGUGAUGGCCCUGAAGCCAUGACGGGAACAGAAUUGGCAAACUUGGUCGACGAGGAAGACUUUGAUGAAGCGGUAAAAAGCUGCAAAGUCUUUGCUAAGGUGUCCCCAGUUCAGAAGGAAAGCAUUGUCGCAAGCUUGAAAAAGCAUGGACAUGCUGUUGGUGCCGCCAAGGACUGCGCAGAUUUCAUCCUCACUGAAAAGGGCCUGGGAAUUAUCGUCGAGAGCGUCACGAUCGGCCGUGUUACUCACGCCAACUCCAUCAAGUACAUCAAGAUGGUUUUGUCUUCCAACUUUGGUAAUGUGUUUAGUAUUCUUGCUGCAAGCGCCUGGCUCCCGUUCACACCAAUGACAAACUUGCAAAUCCUCGCGCAAAAUCUGCUUUACGACAUUAGCCAGAUCGCUAUCCCUUGGGACAAGGUCGACCCAGAGUUUUUGGAGAAUCCCAAAUCGUGGCAACCCUGGGAUCUACUUCGCUUUGUCGUAGUACUUGGUCCGACCAGCUCCGUCAUCGACGUCUGCACUUUCUUACUUGGAUGGUUCUACUACGGAAUUCGCACCACGGAAGACGCGACUGCUGUCAGCCAGUUCCAGACCCACUGGUUCUUGCAAGGUCUUCUGACGCAAACGCUUAUUGUGCACCUGCUGCGCACUGCCAAACUCCCGUUUGUGCAGAGCCGGUCAUCUAUCCAUCUCGGCCUUUCCACGGCGGCGAUUAUGGCCAUUGGCUUUGUGCUCCCAUGGAUCCCGGCAUUCCAAAGUGCAUUGUCAUUUGUCAAUCCCAAAGGCACUUACAUCGGCUUUCUCUUCGCCGAACUUCUUGCUUACUGCAUUGAGGUCCAGCUGGUUAAGAUGGCUUACAUUAAGCUGUUUAAGAACUGGCUGUAA